AUGCUAGAGACCAAUAAUAAAUCUUCCUCUUCUGUUCAGAGGUACACAAAGUCAAAGAAAGUUGGUGAAGGUACAUAUGCUGUUGUGUAUCUUGGAAAACAAAUAGAGAGUGGAAGAGAUAUAGCUAUAAAGGAGAUCAAAACUGGUCAAUUCAAAGAUGGACUAGAUAUGAGUGCCCUGAGGGAAGUGAAGUAUCUUCAAGAAUUGAGACAUGUUAAUGUUAUUGAACUGGUGGAUGUGUUUUCAGCAUCUGACAACUUAAACUUGGUUUUAGAAUUCCUUCCGGCAGAUUUGGAAAUGAUUAUCAAAGAUAGAGAAAUCUUAUUCAGUCCUGCUGAUAUGAAAUCAUGGUUGUUGAUGACAUUAAGAGGUGUCCAUCAUUGUCAUAGAAAUUAUAUCCUUCAUAGAGAUUUAAAACCAAAUAAUUUAUUGCUUGCACCAGAUGGACAAUUGAAAAUUGCAGAUUUUGGGCUAGCUAGAUCUUUAGGAUCACCAAAUGAAGACCUGACAUCCAAUGUUGUUACGAGGUGGUAUAGAGCUCCAGAGUUGUUAUUUGGUGCUAAACAUUAUACAGAAGCUGUUGAUUUAUGGUCUGUGGGUAUUAUAUUUGCAGAACUCAUGCUGAGAGUCCCAUACCUUCCAGGGAGAGAUGACUUGGAUCAGAUCGAUGUCACGUUCAAAGCAUUGGGUACACCUACUGAAGAAAAUUGGCCAAAUGUGUCAAGUCUGCCAUUAUACAACAAUUUAAAUUUUUAUCCAUGCCCUUCAAGACAGGAGAUAAGAAAUAGAUUCCUUGCAGCAACAGAGACUGCCUUGGAUUUGAUGUGUGGUAUGACUGAGUUGAACCCUGCUAAAAGAUGGAACACCGAAAAAGCAUUGUUGAGUAAAUAUUUCACAGAUUUGCCUGCACCAACUGAGCCAGCCAAGCUACCCAAACUUACAAAAAAGGAAUCAUCAGAAUGA